AAGCGAUAUGUAUCCUUAAGCCUUAAAUUCCUGUUUUUUGAUUUACUUGUUAAUAGCGUGAAGCAGAUUUUUUAAAUUUUCGAUUCAGUAAUUCGAAAAUAAAGAUGGCGCCAAAGAUUUUAAGCACAGAUUCGAAAACACUUAUGGAGAAAGAUUUACCAAAUGAGGAAUCUUUGAUUACUACAAAGACGAUAGAUGAAAAUAACAAGCAAAAUAGAAGCGAGAGUUAUAUAAGAAAUGAAGUCUGGUUCAAGACAGAGCUGAAAUGGAUAAACGUCGUAACUAUUAGUCUUCUCCACUUAUGCUUCAUAUAUGCCUGUUUUACUUUUAACUUUUUCGAAAAUCUAAUGACAACUGCUUGGAUAUAUGGCAUGAUUAUAAUAGCAGGCUUUGGUGUCACCGGCGGUGUUCAUCGUUUUUGGACCCAUCGAUCUUAUAAAGCAAAAUGGCAGCUUAGAACUAUACUUGCCGCCUGCUAUGCUGCGGCUAGCAUGAAUGACAUAUUCGAAUGGGUGCGAGAUCAUCGGGUGCAUCAUAAAUAUACUGAUACGGAUGCAGAUCCGCAUAACAGUAACCGAGGAUUCUUUUUCUCCCAUGUGGGUUGGUUGAUGAUGAAGAAACAUCCGGAUGUGAUCCGAAGGGGUUGUAAGAUCGAUAUGAGCGAUGUAUUGGCUGAUCCCAUUGCUGUAUUUGCUAUCAAAUAUUCUUCGAUAUUAAAAUUUAUAUUCGCUUUCUUGCUUCCGGUGAUGUUGCCUGUGUAUGCAUGGAAUGAGACUUGGUCUAGAGCUUUCGUGUCGCAGAUUUUUAUUCGUUACAUUUUGGUUUUAAAUUUCACAUGGAGCGUUAAUAGUGUGGCUCAUAUCUGGGGUUCAAGGCCAUAUGAUGCGCAUAUAAAUCCAACAGAAAGCCUAUUCGUUAACUAUGCUACGAUCGGUGAAGGAUCACACAAUUAUCAUCAUAUUUUCCCGUGGGACUAUAAAGCUUCCGAGUUUAACGGUUCCAUAACCACAAAUCUCAUUAAAUUCUUCUCGAAAAUCGGCUGGGCGUAUGAUCUCAAAGAACCGUCGGAAGAGCUUAUAAAAACCGUUGCAAUGAAUAGAGGUGAUGGAAGUCAUUCUUUGUGGAAAGCUGUGCCAUAUUCAGCUAAUAAAAUUGAAUAA